UCAUAUGUACCUUAACCUGGGUGUUGACAGUCAUUGCAUUUCAUUCUAGAAGACAGACUACAGCAAAAUUAUCAACCUCGGUCAUAGAUUAGAAGUCUGAAGAUGACUCUUCAGUAUACAUUCAUCGCUACUUUCCUGUACAUUGAGAUAGCAGUGGUCAUUCUACUGUUGCUGCCGUUUGUAUCACCCGCAAGAUGGCAGAAGAUUUUUCGCUCCAACAUCGUGCUCAGUGUGUCAGGAUACUCCUAUAUAUACUUCAAUGUGUUCAUCGCCAUUCUUCUGUUGCUGUUUAUAGAUUCAAUCAGAGAAGUCAAUAAAUAUGCAGUCCCUGUAGCAGAGGUUGACCUAAAGCACAAUCUUGACUCGGAGAACCUCGCGCACAUGAAAUUGUUUCGAGCGCAGAGGAACUUGUACAUCACUGGAUUUGCCAUGUUUUUGUGGUUCAUCAUCCGUCGUCUGAUAAAUCUAACAGCAGAACAGGCGAGGCUAAGUGCCGAGUCUGAAGCUAGUCAGAAACAGGCCAAGUCAGCUAAUGACGUGGCCAAGCGUCUCAUGGAGGAACAGGACAAUAAACGUAACAAGGCUGCUGAGGAUGACACAGCAGAGGAGAAAAGUUUGGCUCAACAAUUAGACAAAACCAAGGAGGAGCUAGUCAAGUUUAAACAAGAUUACAAGAAAGCCAAGCUAGAUUUAGAUGCACUACGCAGCCAGGCAGAGGGAACCAAUAAGGAGUAUGACCGUCUGCUGAAGGAGUACUCCGAACUCCAGAAAAAAUUGGGUGACGAUGGAUCAAAGAAAGGCAACUAGACUGCAGUGGUGUACCAGAUGUGGUGUUCUCUUAUCUUCGCAUGUAAUGGUUCUAACGGAGGACAAUGAAAAGUGAUGAUGAGCUGUUGCUGAAGCUGGAAAGGCAUUACUGGUUGUCAGAAAAUUCUUAUUACAAUUCCAUGUUGUCAUUCUAGGCUCCUUCACUUUUUUGGAUGCUGAUCGUAACUUCCGUGGACUUCUUCAAAGCAAAUUGUGAUUUUCUUACAUCCAGAAAUUUACAGAUGCCAGUGUGUCGAGCCUUUUGGUUUAGCCUGAACGGAUUGUGUUGUCGUUUAUCUUGGUGUUUUCAUAAUUAGGUGAUAUUCAAAUAUGUUUUUAACUUUUUUUGUUAAUAUCAAUUUAAUGUACUUUACUAAAUUUGCUUAAAAAUGGUUUCUUGUGUACUUUUUCUGAUUACUUAAUCACUCACUAAGAAACAAAGGAAAACACUCAGAAAUCUAGCUUUUGUUUUACAUAAUUAUAUGACAUUGAUUUAACCGCAUCAUUUGAAAUUUAUACUUAUUUAGAUAACUAAUUAACAUUUUUCAUCAUUUUCUAUCUACAUAGAUACAAAGGCAUUAUACUGGACAAUUGUAACAAACUGAUAGUUUUUUCUGAUUAAAUUGAAACUGUGCGUGGAGUACCCAGUCCCAUGUUAUUUUUCGCGAUGUUACAAGGAGUAGAAUUUACACAACUGUCUAUGGUGCUGACAUGGGAAACAUGGAACUUUGUACUGGUUCUAUACCAAAGACCUGUAAUAUCAAUUUGUAAUCUGUUCGCUGUGAUUUGCAAGAUGGGGUGAUUUGUUUGUCAUUGAGAGAAAAUAAACUUUUAAAUUGUAAUGUAAAUUAAAACUUCACACUGUUGACAUUUUCAUAUAUUUUCGCAUUCAUGAAAAUUUGCACCAGAUUAUGCAAGCACAAAUUAAUUGACAAACUAAAAACACAUGUUACAACAGUAUUACAGAUGUGAAAAAAUAUGCAUUUGAAGAUUGGUUUGAAAGUAAAUACUCCAUCAUUUCCGAGCACAAAUAUUUUUAUCCUCACAGAAAAAAUGCAAGAAAAUAAAUAUCAAAAUAUUCUUGUUGCCAUACUUUGUGAAGAAAAAACACUUGAUACGCAGGGUUUACAUUUUAAUCAUUAGAAGUUACCUCCCUUAUGAAAUCACUAAAACUAAAAGUCAUGUGACUAACCGAUCUCACAGUAACGUGAACAUAGCUGGAGGACCACGGCGAGUUAACCAAUCAGAAUUUGACAUUUAUCAACGUUGUAUGUCCAUGAUUGCUUUCAGUUGGGUGUAACUAUGUUCUGUAUACUAUACCUCUUUAUAAUUAUGACUUGUAUAGUUUCUAUUUAUUUAUCAAUCUUGUUAUUGUAUCUUGGCAUUAUUUAGAGAUAUCUGUAGUUGAGAUAUUAAGAAUCAAUUAAACAUGAUCAGAGACAUUUUAUACAAGAAGUGCAAAUCAUGACAUUUAUAAUUUUGCUGUGUGUGUUUCCCUAGUGUUGCAUUUGAAGCAUUGAGACACAGAAUUCUAUUGAGAGCGUAAGUUCAGAUUGGGUUGAAGUGAAAGCAGAUUACAACAUGUUUGUAUUACAUUACACAUGUAAUUAGGUUUUACUGUAGUGUACCUGAAUUCAUGAUUCAUGAUUGGAAUGUUUAUUUUCUAAAUGAAGUGCACAUUUCUUUAAUCCACUGAUACUAAUACUACUCAGAACUGUACUUUACUUUAAUAAAUAUUUAGUGAAAUUUGAAACUAAUUAUGAUGAAUUUCCUCUGUAACGUGAAAUUGUUGAAGAAAUACAAAAUGGUUGAUUGUAGAUUUUAACAUAGUUUUGUAAGUGGGAGAGGUAGUCGAGAGAGAGGGCAGGGCCAUUUUACAGACAUUGCAUGCAUUGAUUAUAAAAAAAAAAAACGAAAUUCACACAGAAUCAGCUCAUUUUAUUUUAGUCAUCUACAUUCUAGUUGUAAAAUUUCCCGUCGGCUUAUACAUUUGUAGGAAGAAAAUGUUCUUCAGUAAUAUUCAGCUAUUGUCAAGCUUCAUGUUUGUAUUGUAUGGGCAGUAGUGAAUUCAAAUGACAGAGAUCAGAAUUUAGGUAGUAAUAGAUUCUAUGACAUUGUAAUUGACAGGAGUAAUACAAUGUAUUGUGAAUGAAAGUGGCAGAUUUGAGCUCUCUAUAUAUAUAUUUGCACUGGUAGAUAAAGAUACCUAUUUAAUGAA